AUGGGAGUUAAUCCAUUGAAAUGGAAAUUUCGUACUUUGAUGUACGUUACAUUGGCAUUAUUUGCAAUAUAUAUAUUUUUAAUUUACAAAAAAAAUCAUACAGUUGUAUUUGAAUUUAAUGUUAAAAAUGUUGAGCCAGAAGUUGUUUGGGAAUUUGUUGCUGAUUUUAGUAACAUGUUAAAAUUAAAUCCUACAAUUGAAGAGUUUAAUAUUAUUGAUGAAAGUGGUAAUUUUGAUCAUUGGAAAUAUUCUGUUGAGUAUAAAGAGCAUUUGAGUCAUCUACCAUCAAUACGAAAUACAGGACUUGGACAUUUUUCAGUUUUGCAAGAAGGAAACACAUAUUUCAUUCGUUCUAAUCACAAAACUUGUUUCUUUUCAAGCUUUGAUUGUGUAAAUUCAGUUUCGGAGUUUAAAUUUUAUAGCAGUGGUGAACAUACAACAUGUAUUGAAACAGUUGAAUAUGAAUGUCCAAUUGUAUUUUCGAAAUUUUGUCACAAUGAAGUUAUGAUUCAACGUAAUCAUAUAAUGAAUAAUUUACAAAAACAUUUUUCAAUGUUAAACAUUCGUACUGCAAAAGAUGACUGAAAUUUUUUAUUCAUAUAAACUUAAUUGUUAACAUUUUAAUAAACAAAAAAAAAAAAAUAUAUAUAUAUAUAUGAAUUAAUGUAUAAACAAUUUUAAUUUACAAUAUAUAAAUUUUAUAUAAAUUAAA